UCCUGUCACCCCCAACUCAAACUCGAUGGUCCCUGGAGAUUUACGUGUCGCAUCUGUAGGGUCUUCAGCAUCCUAGGUUGCUCGUCAUGGAAGGCUGUGGUGGGCCUGGUGGAAGGAAGUUUUCUUCUCUAGACACUCUGCUCUUUUGGGUACUAAAACUCUUUGUCCCUCUAAUUUCAUUCCCUGGCCCUGGUGACAGCUGAGUCAGAGACAGGCUACUUCCCCUGGAUUCCUAAUGCCUCCCUUGGGGGCUGCUCCUUGGCUGUAUCCAUAAGUCUCCCACCAACAGCUGCAGAGCGGAGCAGGCUUGGCUCAUUCCUCUGACCUGCCAGGAAGCAGAGCCUCCCAGAGACCGGGCAGAAGCAAUCAGACCUGACCUCCAGAAGACAGCAGACAAGAACCGCAGCUGGAUGAGCUUCCCUUCAACCUUCUCCCUCCUCAGUCUUCCUUAGCAUCUCACCUGGAGGAGUCACCUCUAUCCCAAUCCCUGGGGCUCAAGCCCCCUUGGGGGACCUGCAUCCCAGCAUGUCGAUAGCUGUGGAGACCUUCGGUUUCUUCAUGUCAGCCCUGGGACUGCUGAUGCUGGGGGUGACCCUUCCAAACAGCUACUGGAGAGUGUCUACCGUCCACGGGAACGUCAUUACCACCAACACCAUCUUCGAGAACCUGUGGUACAGCUGUGCCACCGACUCCCUGGGAGUCUCCAACUGCUGGGACUUCCCGUCCAUGCUGGCCCUCUCUGGCUACGUCCAGGGCUGCCGAGCUCUCAUGAUCACCGCCAUCCUCCUGGGCUUCCUGGGCCUCUUUCUAGGUAUGGUGGGGCUGCGCUGCACCAACGUGGGCAACAUCGACCUCUCCAGGAAGGCCAAGCUGCUGGCCAUUGCAGGGGCCUUCCACAUCCUUGCUGGAGCCUGUGGGAUGGUUGCUAUCUCAUGGUACGCUGUCAACAUCACCACCGACUUCUUCAACCCCCUGUAUGCUGGAACCAAGUAUGAACUGGGCUCUGCCCUCUACCUGGGCUGGAGCGCCUCUCUGCUCUCCAUCCUGGGCGGUAUUUGUGUCUUCUCCACCUGCUGCUGUGACUCCAAGGAGGACCCAGCCCCCAGGGUGGGACUUCCCUACAAGCCUACUACGGUUGUGACAGCCCGAGCCACCUCCGAUGAAAGUGACGUCAGCUUUGGUAAAUAUGGCAAAAAUGCCUACGUGUAGGAGCUCCGGCCUGGUGGACGGCGUUUCUUGUCCCACUGUCCCCAGCAGAAAACGUCCCCAGGACCUGUGGGAGGACUAGUCUCCAGUUAAUAAUCUGAGGACAGGCCAAAUUUCCAGGCCUCACCCUAUGCCGGGAAGCCACUACCCACUCUGGGCACACCUUAUCUGGCACUCCAGCCUCUCCCAGGAACAGAAGCUUCAGGGGCAACUUGCAUGGCCUCCUACAGCUGGACUCAAGGGGACAGAGGUGUCUGCAGCACGUGACUCUAUAGAAAUAUGUGCAUAAAUCAAUGUAUAUUGUGAUUGUACAGGGGGCUCCUGGGGUCCUGAAGUUACGACCACGGAAGGGGGUCAUUUUCAAGCCAUAGACUGUCAAGUCUGCCCACUUUGGGGGCUGUGUCAUCUAGUGAGACGGUGGGCCAGGAUGCUGGGGACGUGGUUCAGUGAGUUUAGAGUGUUUGCUACACAAGUAUGAGGACCUGAGUUCAAAUCCCCAGUACCCGUGUGAAAAGUGGGCCCUGGACACACUCUUGCAACCCAAGCGUUGCUAGGGAGGGGCUCUGAGGCUCACUGGCGUCCAACCUCACUCCAGGUUCUAUGUGAGUUCAAUCUCAAGGGAAUGAGGUGGAGCACGAUAGAGCAGGGUGCUGGGAGCCCUCUUCCGACCUUCUCGGGCACACAGACUUGUGCGUAGAGGACACACGCGUGCGUGCGCGCACACACACAUUCUCAAUAAAAGGAUCUGAAAGGGGGAAAUCGCUAACAACUGCUCAGAAUCACCCACCUCAGGAGACUGUUAAUAGCUGUGAAGCUUCUGGCCGCUGAAAGUUCCUCUCUGUUGACCCCUGACCUAUUUUCUCACAGCCUCACAAAGGGGCAGUUGAUUUAGAACGGGCGGGCAUUGGUGUGUGUGUGUGUGUGUGUGUGUGUGUGUGUGUGUGUGUGUGUGUGUGU